AUGGCAAGCGUCUCGAAACUUCCUCGUCGCUGUGCUCUCGCAGCUUGCGUGCAUGCACAUGCUUACGAUCCAAUCAGCGACAUCAUGCCGGAAUCCCCAAGUCAAUGGCAAUACUCUGCAGAGCAAGAAGCUCAGGUAUUCUUCCUGGCGCUGGCAGCACGUUAUCACCAACAGCAGCAAAAACCAAUAUCGAAGUCUUCUGAGAGUAGUAACGACAACGAGGACGAGGAAGACGAACUCGAUUCAUACGAGGAAGAUGCUAGUAUCGUCAACGGCGCGCUGAACCGGGCAACCGACCAGGACGGCCUGAAAAGAUUGGUUCUCGACCGCUUUGCCGAGCUCGUUGCCUGUCGAAAGGAUCCUCGCUACGUGUCCUCCGUCUCCUUGACCAUUGGCCUUGCGAAUCCUGAACUUGACACCUGCGAUGGUCGUGAGGGUCCUUGGACUCUGUGUGUGACUAGGAAUUCAGGACUCUCAGAGGAUGACAAGGAUUUCUUCGGGAACUUCACACGAGCUGUUAAAGAAUUGGCUACCACACAAAAUGUUACUCCUUUCCUUGACCUCAUGCUUCAGUAUUACGAACCUCGAUUGAAAUUUCAUGCUACAGAAUUAGCAAAGCACCCACGAGCCUUGCUACCUAGAGUCGGUCCAGAAGAACUCAAGGCGGCUAAGGAGCAAGAUAGUUUUCUUGCACAAUACUACGCCCUGCGUGAGAGAUUUUGCUCCCUUGCAAAUAGCACAGGCGCCUGUCCGAUUGCCAAGUGGCGAAGAGCUACACUCGCAGCCCAGUGCUUGAAGCGUUCCGCGGGUUUGAUGCAUGCGCUUGAGACGAUCUGCAGCAGGACCGAAGCAUUGAGGACGCAGAAGUACCUGGGUCUCUUAGCAAGAAUUCCGGAUCUUCUGAAGACGAUCCUGGAUUGCCAUGAGACUUUUCCGGGCUUUAGAAACAUCAGCAUCCAACCAAUACCUAACCCACCGGAAUUUGUAUGUACGGACGCUCCUUUCGAACAAUCAAUGCUGCAAGCUACAGAAAAGCUCAAACAGGCAGGGAUGGUUCGUCCUCCCUGGCUGAAACACAAGAAGACUAUAGUUGCUAUGGAGAGAGAAUGGCGGAAGAAGCUGAUCAUACACGCGGAAAUGCAGAUGCUUGGGUUCCUGUUAUCUGCAGAUGCUAAAGAAGCUGCACAGUUCCCAUAA